AUGAAUCAACCGGAGCAAGAGGAAUCAAUAAGUGUUAGUGACGGAGAGGAAUAUGAAGCUGAAAAAGAAUGUGAAGAACAGACAGAUUCAGCCAAUGAUGAUAAUUUUUCAGAGCAACAAUAUAUGGAAGGCCCUCUUGUAGAUAUGGUCUAUUGUAGUGUAGAAUCUCUUUUUGCUUUUUAUAAAGAAUAUAGUCAUUUAAAUGGAUUUGGAGUUCUUAAAAAGACUUCAAAAAAGAGAGGUUAUGAAUACGCUAGGUAUGUCUCAUUCGCUUGUGAUAAGAGUAGAAAACCAACUGCUAAGAAUUAUAGUAAAAGGGUUGAUUGCAAAUGCAAAGUAAAUUGUGUUGUGCUACCUGAUGGUUCAUGUCGCGUAACAACAGUUACGACGGAGCACAACCAUGAGUUGCAACCAUCUUUAGCACGUUUUUUUGGUUGCCACAGGAAAAUAAGUAAGUCAUUAAAACGAAAACUUGAAGCUUAUGACAUCGCAGGAAUUAGACCUGCCAAAAGUAUUAGACUUUUGGAAGUACAAGCAGGUGGUCCAGAUAGAGUGGGAUGCACACCUAAAGAUUGUCGAAACUACAUUCUUCAACAAUGCAGGAUGAGGACAUUAUCAUGCGAUGCUGCGGCAAUACAGAAAUUUUUCGUUUUAAUGCAGAUGAAGGACGAUGAAUUUUUUUAUGUAAUUGACACGGAUAAUGUUGCUAGACUUCGCAACGUAGUGUGGGUUCACACACAUUGCAAGUAUGCGUAUCGGGAGUUUAGUGAUGUUGUUUGUUUCGAUUUAACGUACUUGGUGAAUCAAUGGCGCAUGCCGUUUGCAUCUUUUGUUGGUGUGAAUCAACACAAACAAUCUAUUCUUUUGGGUUGCGCUUUGCUUACAAGUGAGGAUAUUGAGACAUAUAAAUUUGUUUUCUCUACUUGGCUGGCAGCAAUGAGCAAUGCACCUCCAACGGCUAUCAUCACUGAUCAAUGUGAGAGUAUCAAGGCAGUAAUUGCAGAGGUACUUUCGGACACCAUCCAUAGGUACUGUAUUUGGCAUAUUAUGACAAAGCUGCCUGCAAAGCUUAAGGGUGUGUGGGACUUUAAGAUUGCCAAGUCCGAAUUUAAAUCAAUAAUUUAUAGCAGCAUUACUAUCAACGAAUUUGAGAAAAAAUGGGCUGGCUUUAUUCAAAAAUAUGAGCUUCAGCAUAGACUAUGGUUUCAUAAUCUAUACUUGGAGAAGGAAAAAUGGAUCGCUGUCUUCUUGAAUCACUAUUUUUGGGCUGGCAUGAUGUCCACCCAAAGAAGUGAGUCAAUGCAUGCAUUUUUUUAUGGUUAUAUAUCCGGUCGAAGCUCUCUAAAGCAGUUCGUCGAGCAGUAUGAGUUAGCUUUGCGAUUUAAAUAUGAGAAGGAACUUCAAGCAGAAGCUGACUCACGUAAAAAACAUGCAGCGCCUUGUAGUGGUUUUGAUUGGGAUUUGCAGCUUCAAACCCAUUAUACUCGACCUAUUUACGAUGCCUUUGCAGCAGAACAUUUGAAACGGUUGUACCACUGUGAAAUUGAAAGACACCAUGACUUCAAUGUCGUGGAGGGAGUUGAGAAGUAUAGUGUAACAGAUUAUUCCAUAUGUAAUGAUUUUCAUGGAAAUCGAUUUGUUUACAUUGUGGAAUAUCAGCCACGGAAUCAGUAUCUGGAUUGCAAUUGCAAGAAUUUUCAAAGUGAAGGUGUUGUCUGCUGCCACAUUUUAAAGACUAUGUCUCAUUGUAGAAUUAAAAUGUUACAUGACAGAUAUAUUUUACGCCGGUGGAGAAGGGACAUAAUUCGACCACACAUAGGUAAAUUCUUUCAAGGAGGCUAUCCAUCUAUGACGGACGAGUACAAGAAGUACAAUUCCUUGAAGAAAUGGUUUGAUAGGAAUUGUGAUGUUGUGUUGGACAACAACGCUAAAUAUGCAGAUUUCAAAAAUGUUUUGAAAGGACGUUUCAAUGCAUAUUGUAAUUGGACUGACGAAAUGGCAGUCCCUAGCGUUGGUGAUCCAGACUCGAAAGAAGAUGUAACAUUCAUUAGGAACCUGAGGGAAAUCCGAACACGUGGAAGGCCUCCGACUAAUAGAUGCUGGCGUGUCCGGUGGAAAAUGGACACGUGUCAUUACAUUCGGAUUUGGGGUGUGACAGGUGGUGGAAGGUGGAAUAGAACAUAUUAUCAUGCAGAUCAAGUGGGUGAGACUAGUCAAGGUCGGAGGGGUGGUGGGAGACAGGGUGUAGGUCGAAGGGCUGGUAGAGGUGGUCGAGACGGUGGUAUAAUGACGUAG